CGAGAUUCGAUUAAGAUGGACCCAAAGGUCCUUUUGAUGCAGGAAAUUCUCAAUCGAUUGAACUAGAUCUGGGAAGGCAUCUCCGCAGGCUGUGAGAAGAGGAUCAGUUGACUGAAAGUGUGAUGGCUACUCGUGGAAGGAUCGUAGAUGCUUGUCCUGAAUCCAAGCCACCGCCGGCACAAGAUGAAGCUGUAGCGAAUGUGGUGGAGAACGAGGGAGAAGACGUAGUUGCUACCAUGGAGGGCGCACCACCUUCACUAUCGAUGUCGCCCAUGUCUCUCACCGUGCCGCCACCACAAGUCGAAACCCUAACCACCGAAGGGGAGGGUAAUGGUGGGAAGAUCUCCAUCACAACGUCCAUGAAUAAUCACCUCUUCCACCAUUGUCAUCUUUGAAUUCGUUGCUGAGUUGGUGAAGGGCGAGAAAGAUGAUGUAGUCAUUGUGAUUCCCGGCUUGACGACAUCAGGUGAUGAAGAAUCGCAAAAGCUUCUGGUUUUGGUCUCACCACUAGCGUCCGCUAUUAUUAAUAUAUAAAAGCCUAGGUU